AUUGAGUCCAUUCGAAUUGUUUUCCCUCAGUCAGUGUUUUGCAAUGAAUCGUGUCAAAAGUCUCUGGCUAUUUGUUCUGAUUUUCAUUUCCUCAUGGAAAAUUCAUGGAGUAGAAGCACUACGAUGCUAUGCUUGUACAUACGUGGCGGGACAGCAAACUGAUACGGUGUGCAUUGACAAGCCAGAGGAAGUGUCUGGACAAAAUAUUGUUACAUGCGAUAAGAGGUAUUGUACAAUAAUGAGGCAGGAACUUCAGGAUCCAGCCGGGAGAGUUUUAACCUUCUCAAGAUCAUGCGAAGAUGAACCUUUGUUUCUUAACGAUGUAAUCGAGGAUGCUACAUACAAGACAUUCUUUCGCUCCUGCACAACGGAUUUAUGCAAUGAUGGAAGUGGUAUAAGUGGAGGUUCUGGAUGGCGACCUGAUGGGAAUCCAGGAGGAAAUCUUGUUGUACCUGGACUUACUGGACAAAGUACCAUUAAUAGUCUAAGUAAAUUAAUUUUCUUGUCCACUUUUAUGUUUCUCAUAACGAUUUAUAUUGGGAGAUCUUAUAUUUGAAAAUUAUUUUUUAUUAAAUAAAAUUAUGUGCAAUCCGA